CCCGCCGCGUUCCUUCAGUGCGUUUACCGAAAGCGUUUAUUGAGAUGUUUCUUUGCUUUGACUGGCUUUUGACAUUCGUUUUCUAUCGCUCAAUAACUGCGGCAUUAAAGUUAGUAUUAAGAUAGGAAGCUCUCUAGGGAUGCGAUCUCAGGAAAGAAGUCCAGCCUCCAGGCGCCACCUUAAGAAAAAAAUGACUUGGCUGAGCACCACCAGCGGAGAGAGAUGGGGGUGUAGGGAUGUCUGCGUGUAGGAAUUCCCGGGAGCCAGUGAGAACUCCAAAGAGGGGGCGGGGCUUAGGACUUUAGCAGCCAAGGGAGGCGGGUUCCACCCCGGGUCGAAUCAGGUGUCUGGACCCGCCUCUGCCUACGCCUACGCGUGCGCAGUGCGAACCUUCCCCUGCUCUGCUUUUUCCUCCAACAUGGAAUUCCGCUCAGCUCGGCAAGCAGUACUGCAUCUACUCCGUACGGUGGCUCCAGCAGACCUCCCAGCUCUGCUCCAGUGGAUGAGAACUACCCGAGAUUUUGAUGAAUUCAUUCAAGACAAUAAUGACAUUAUGUUGAAAAACAUAGCAGAAGACCUUCGGAAUUGCUUACCUCUAGAAACCAUGCUUUCCUCAGAACAUCUAGCCCUCCAAAAAAUACAGCAGCAGCCAGAACCCACAGUUCACGUUGAUGCAUUCCUUUAUGAUGAAGACUUUAUUGAUUCAUUAUGUGAGGAAGGAAAAAUGAGCAGAUACUACUGUAUGGUGUGCGGCUCACACCAGACGGCGCCUUUAGGGUUUAUUUCUCAUUCCUUCUCUCUCAUGGAAUUGAAGUUCAUUUAUCAUCAUGUACUCCCUGAUCUAUCGGGAAAGGUCUUGGUUGACGUUGGCUCCAGGCUUGGCACCGUCCUUUACGGGGGUUAUCUUUACAGUUCAGCAUCACAAUUAUAUGGAGUAGAAUUGAAUAGAGACUUUUGCCAGUUGCAGGAAAUGGUCAUAAAAAAGUACCAGUUCACUGACAGAAUAAAGGUGCUUCAUGCAGACAUCUGUACACAAGGUUCACUUCUGCAAAAUGCUGAUGUUAUUAUAAUGAAUAAUGUCUUUGAAUAUUUUCUUAAUGAGGCAGAACAGGCCAGAGCCUGGGAAUAUAUCAGCCAUAAUGUAAGGAAACGAGGAUCCUUAUUAGUGACCGUGCCAAGCCUUGAAGAUUCUCUCUCAAGUCUUCAGAUAUAUCCAUUGGUGGCUCCAGAAUUUCUGUAUCCCGGAGACCCAGAUUUGCAGUGUGAAGGGAAGGGCCUGAUAAAGGUUAUGGAGGGAGAUUACCCCCUCUCGUGCAACCUCUUAGCACCAUCACUGUGUGUAUAUGAACCAUUUCUCUGUGUACUCCCAUUGUUGUUUUAAUCUUUUAUUGUUUAAGCUGGUUUAAUUAUUAAACUAUUUACAUUAAAAUAAUUAUACUAUAUGUUCUUUAUUCUUUCAAAUUCCAAAAUCAAGGUAAAUUAAGUCCCUGAAUCCACAAACUUACCAUUUAGUACGACGAAGAAUUAUGUGGCACCAUGUAGAACUUAGUCCCUCUCAUUGUAAUAAAAAUCCUUUGUGUUCAAUUACUUAGUCAUGAUUUCUCAAAAUUCAAGAGAAUAGGUUCAUUCUGCAAUUUUCAUAUUUGUUUAUGACCUUUUUUUUUCCAGGUUAAUAUACAGUUAUCUCCCUGGGUUGAAGAGGUACCACUGAACUAUGAUGUAUACCCAGAAAAGGAUAUUGACAAGGAAGCUCUUGAACAAAUACAUUUAUACAAGAUUCUCUAACACUACAAUAGUCCUACCUCAGUGUAAAAUAAUUACAAAAUAAUUUAAAAGAAACAGAACCCCAGUAUCCUAACACAUAUUUUUUCUGUAUAUUCCUUUCUAGUCUUUGUACAUAUGCUUACAUAUUUGUAAAUAGUUGUAUGUGUAUAUAUACAACUUU